AUGACAUAUGAAAGUAGCACGCCCAGUCACAACCCGAACAUCGCCGUCCAUGGCUUGCUACAGGCUCGCGCGACUGAGUCGGACCAGGGUGGCACAGGGUCCACCAUCGCUCUGGCUCUCACAUGCGGUGCGCUAUUCAUAACGACAGUCGGCUUUGCAUACGCCAUGUGCCGCUGGCGGAUCAAGUACAUGGCGAUGCGGAGGAAGGUUGACAGCCACGGCGUUAUUGAGCUGAAGCCCGGCCAAAAGCAAGACGCGGUCCCGAGAGCCCAAGAAGCGGAUGGAGACCCGGCUCCAGGAACCCCAGGGCUGGAUGGCGAAGCCGCCGUGUCUGGGGCACUGUAG